AACCUCCUUAUGUCUCCCAUCUGCAAGCUCCCUUCCUCUUAUCCUUUCUAGGCACCACCACAAAAUGCAUCGUUGUGGGCAUGGCCUUGACUAUGACAUUCACUUGCUCACAAAUCUUCCGGUGCUCUCUCCAUUGCCUGCAGGAUUAAGUUAAAGCUUCUCAGGCUGACACUCAAAGCUCUUCACGAUCCAGCACGUAUUAGGAGCUCCAUAUAUAUUUGCUGUACUAAAGAAAGUAUAUCAUCAUCAGGGACCAUUUUUGAGGGCAAAUCGUGUGUCAAGCGUGUGCUAAGUGAUCGCGUCUCAUUGUCGCGUGCUCACCUCUAGGAGGUGCCGCCAAACUCCCCAUUGCAAAGGUGGCAGAGUCCCAGAGAGAAAGGCAACUUCGCCACCACUGCAAAGCUAGUAGGUGACGAGAAAAGCAAUCAAACCUGGGUCCUUGUUCAUAACCACCGUGCUUCAUUGCCUCUCCAAGCAUGUGCUCCUGUCUGGCAUACGAGUGUUAGAUUUGCGAAAAAGAUUUGCAUUAUGAAUGUUACAAGCGACGUGAACUAGGUAAAUGGAUAUUGCUUACUUGUCAUUACGGGUUCUUUAUUUUUAUUAUUUUUUCAAUUCUGUCCAACUGCUGGGCUGACGAUGAGAAAAACCUUGCCCUUUCUUGUUCUUGUGUCGGUCUGCUUAUUUGUCUGUCAGCUUGGGCCAUCCUGGAAAAAAAGGUAACUUGCCAUCUGUUGUUUCCUGAAGGCAGUGGAGUCAGCAUUUUGCCUUCUCAAUGCAUGAAGGCCAAUGAACAGAGGGUACGUGUAGGUGAAAUUUAUCCAACCGGGGCUGGUCUCUUCCAUCUUUCAGUGUUUUCCUCCAGGAUGCUGUUUCCAGGAAAGUCACGGAGUGAGAAGGGGACACUUUGCUCCAGCGGCCAAGCUCUCCUUUAUGCAGAAGAGGCGUAGACAAAAUCAAUCAGAUACAUUAGCAUGAUUAAACGACCAGUUUUCAGAAAGAUUUUUAAAAAAUGACAAAAUGCGAUUCACACUAACACUGGAGUGAACUUGAUUUAUUCCCCGGUCUGGUCAUGCUGAGGGCACUGUAGGAUCCCAGACAGGAGGCUCUCACGGAUGGCUCUCACCCGUUGGGAUCUCAAAAGCAGUUUGCUUAUUUAAAUCCAGUCUUUUGAGUGACAUAUCCACGGAUCCAUAUAGGGCAAGGAGAUCCCCACUGAAAGGACUGUCAUUCGUUCGGGGCUAUUGCAAGAGAUUCUAGAAGGGAGUUUGGAAGGACAGGACAGAUGGGCUUGGCAAAAAGGCAUCCCAGAAUCAGAGUCAAGGUUGAUUACAGGUGUGACAAGAUGAGAGCAGAGAGAUCAGGAAUUGCUGUAGCACGGGGGUGGGGGUGGGAAGUUUGUGAGGGUCAAGAGCCAGCGCUUAAGGUGUUAAGUGAGUAUUUGCUAUGUUGGAGGCCCUGAACAAAAAGCUUUAUAUGCAUAAUCUCAUUUGUAAGCCUCUUAAAAGCUGUGUGAGAUAGGUUAUUCGACAAGUCAUUUUGCUAGUGAGAAAAGUCAAGUGUAGAGAGGUAAUUAACUGUCGGGCAUGGCAGUUAGCCAGCGAGGAGCCCAGCCUUGAGCCCAGGUCUGUGUGACUCCGCCUCCCUGGGCUUCGCCUCCUGCCUCCUCCGAGAGGUCAGCGCGCUGAUCAGUGAGGCUACCAGAAGACUGGAUCCGCUCGGCUGAAGAUGGACGGCUUGGAUGAGAUUAGAUCGCAGGCCAGGGAGGAACGGAGUGGAACACACAUCCACCCGCAGUUCAUGCCAAUGUCAGAUCUGACCCUCUCCUUCAGUGUGAAGAGCCGCUCCAGGAGGUGUGUAAACGGCCCCCUGCAGGAAGCAGCCAGGAGGCGGCUCUGGGCGCUGGAGAAUGAGGACCAGGAGGACCUCUCAGCCAGGCUGGUGGGUAUCCAGUCCCAGAAGGCUCAGUUCCUCAUCACCUUCAAGACCGUGGAGGAAAUCUGGAAGUUUUCCACCUACUUGAACUUAGGCUAUGUAUCUGCAUGUCUGGAACAUCUCCUCUUUGACCAUAAGUACUGGCUCAACUGCAGAUUGGUGGAAGAUACAGAGAUCCAAGUUUCCGUGGAUGAGAAACACCUGGAAACAAUAUACCUGGGACUUCUGAUACAGGAAGGCCACUUCUUCUGCAGAGCCGUGUGCUCUGUGGCUCAGCCGCCUGAGAAGGAAGGGGAGUAUCUGACACUUUGGAAGAAGGAGUUAAUCUCCGUGAAAAUAGUUGAAGGCGGAUCCGAGUGGGAGGGCGUGUCCCUGGUGACUGGUCAGCGGGGCCUGGUGCCCGUGUCAGCCCUGGAACCUCUGCCGCUCCCUUUCCACCAGUGGUUCCUAAAGAACUAUCCAGGAAGCUGUGGCUUUUCCAGGAAGAGGGAUUGGACAGGCUCCUAUCAGAUCGGCAGAGGAAAAUGUAAGGCCUGGAAAGAAUAUGAGAGGGAAGAAAAGGAUGAGUUGAAUUUUCACCAGGGAGAAAGCAUCGAGAUCAUCGGCUUUGUCAUACCUGGGCUUCAGUGGUUCAUUGGAAAGUCGACACGCUCAGGAGAAGUGGGCUUUGUCCCCACCAGGAACAUAGAUCCUGAGUCUUACUCCCCAAUGAACAAGAGCUCCGCCUUUUUCAGCGAUGAGGAAAGAUGCUCUCUGUGGGUCCUGGGCAGAGACAGGAAAGCUGAGUGUGCCAGCUUCCUCCACACCCUUGCUCAUACCGACAUAGCGUCUGUCUACCGGCUUAGUGGGUUUGAAUCCAUCCAGAAUCUUCCAAACGAUCUAAGUGCGUCCCAGCCUGAAGGCUUCAAGGAGGCCAGGACUGGUAGAGCCUGGGAGGAGCAUCAGGCCGUGGGCUCCAGACAGUCCAGCAGUUCCGAGGACUCCAGCCUGGAGGAGGAGGAGCUCCUCUCAGCAGCCUCAGACAGCUAUCACUUGCCAGAGCCCGAUGACCUCGAUGACCCAGAACUGCUCGUGGACCUAAACACUGGUCAGGAAGAGGAGGAGGCUGAGAAUUUCGCCCCCAUGCUGGCGUUUCUGGAUCACAAGGGCUACGCUGACCACUUUAGGAGCCUCUACGACUCCUCCUUCUCUUUCCUCACGUCUUCCUUUUACAGCUUCUCUGAGGAGGACGAACUUGUGGCCUACCUGGAGGCCUCAAGGAAGUGGGCCAAGAGGAACCACAUGACCUGGGCCCAUGCCCGGCUCUGCUUCCUCCUGGGCCGGCUGAGCGUCAGGAGGGUCAAACUCUCUCAGGCCAGGGUGUACUUUGAGGAGGCUAUGUACAUCCUCGAUGGGGCAUUUGAGGACCUAUCCUUGGUGGCGGCUCUGUACAUCAAUCUGGCUGCCAUCUACCUGAGGCAGAGGCUGAGGCAUAAAGGCUCAGCCCUGCUGGAAAAGGCAGGUGCCCUGUUGGCCUGCCUGCCUGACCGUGAGUCCAGCACCAAGAAUGAGCUUGAUGUGGUGGCCUAUGUGCUACGCCAGGGGAUUGUGGCUGGCAGCUGUGUCCUGGAGGCCAGGGCCUGCUUCCUGGCCAUCCGAUUGCUCCUGGACCUAGGCCGGCAUGAGGAGAUCCUGCCCUUUGCCGAGCGUCUGCACCUCCUCUCUGGACACCCUCCUGACCUGGAUGCCGUGGCCACCAUCUUGAGUUUUCUGUACGAUAAGAAAUACCUUCCACACCUCGCGGUGGCCUCUGUCCAGCAACGUGGUACCCAGAGUGCCCAAGGGAUGUCCCUUCCAAUUUGGCAGGUCUACCUGGUUCUCCAGAACACCGCCAAGCUCCUUGGAGUUCCCUCUUUAAGCUGGGGUGAGGUUUCUGCCCUGGCCUGCCCAGCGCUCAGGCAGGCGCUGGUUGCCUGUGAAGAGCAGGCCAGUCGGAGCACCCAGAGGGCCCUGUGUCUCAUCCUGUCCAAAGUGCACCUCCAACACAGGUCUCCUGAUGGCGCCAUCCACUACCUGAGCCAGGCCUUGGUGCUAGGGCAGCUGCUGGGUGAGCAGGAGGCCUUCGAGUCUUCCCUGUGCCUGGCGUGGGCCUAUCUCGUAGCCAGCCAGGCAAAGAAGGCGUUGGACAUUCUUGAGCCACUGCUAUACUCUCAGAAGGAGACGGAGAGCAUCACCCAAAAGGGGGUGGUCCAUAACCUCCUGGGCCUUGCACUUCAGGGUGAAGGCCGGGUGAACAGGGCAGCCAAGAACUAUCUCCGGGCUUUGAACAGAGCUCAGGAAAUGGGGAACGUGCGUAACCAGGCGGUGACUUUGGCCAAUCUUGGCCACCUGACUCUCAAGUCCUGGGCUCGGCAACCAGCCAAGGACUAUCUCCUGCGGGCCGUCCGACUCUAUUCUGAACUCCAGACCAGCGUGGAGACAGACAUGGAGUCAGUGCAGGUGCUUCUCUGGUUGGCCCAAGUCCUGGUGUCUGGACGUCAGCUGGCCAGCGGCCGCCUUUGUUACGAAAUGGCAUUGCUGUUGGGCUUAAGGCAUCGGCACCUAAAGAGUCAGCUUCAGGUCACCAAAUCCCUCUGCCAUUUCUACAGCUCUGUUUCCCCAAACCCCGAGGCGUGCAUCACCUACCAUGAGCACUGGCUGGCCCUAGCUCAGCAACUCAGGGACCGAGAGAUGGAGGGGAGGCUGUUGGAGUCCCUCGGGCAGCUCUAUCGGAACCUGAACACGGCCAGGUCUCUCAGGAGAUCUCUCACCUGCAUCAAGGAGAGCCUGCGUAUCUUCAUCGACCUGGGGGUGAAAGACAAGGCUGCCGAGGCCUGGCUCGGAGCUGGACGACUCCACUACCUCAUGCAGGAAGAUGAUCUGGUGGAGCUGUACCUGCAGGCAGCCAUCCAGAAAGCCCUGAAGUCCGAAGAGCCCUCCCUGGCUCUCAAACUCUAUGAAGAAGCGGGCGACGUGUUCUUCAAUGGGACCCGCCACAGGCACCGUGCGGUGGAGUAUUACCGGGCUGGGGCUGUCCCUUUAGCGAGGAGGAUGAAGGCGGUGAGAACGGAGCUCCGGGUUUUCAACAAGCUGACGGAGCUGCAGAUCAGUCUGGAAGGCUACGAGAAGGCUUUGGAGUUUGCCACUCUGGCGGCCAGACUCAGCACAGUCAUAGUCUUCCAAUUCCUAGGAGAUCAGAAGCAGGAGCUGGUGGCCUUUCACCGCCUGGCUACGGUGUACUACUCCCUGAGCAUGUAUGAGAUGGCCGAAGACUGCUACCUGAAGACUCUGUCCCUCUGCCCGCCCUGGCUGCAGAGUCCCAAGGAGGCCCUGUACUAUGCGAAGGUAUAUUAUCGCCUGGGCCGACUCACCUUCUACCAGCUGAAGGACGCCCACGAUGCCACCGAAUACUUCUGGCUGGCCCUGGCAGCGGCGGUCCUGCUGGGUGACCAGGAGCUGCAGGACACCAUUAGGAGCAGGUUGGACAACGUCUGCCGGAGCCCCCUGUGGCACAGCAGCCCCUCGGGGCGCUCCUCAGAGAGGGCGCGGUGGCUGAGCGGGGGAGGCCUGGCCCUCUGAGGAGGGCUGUCCUACAUCCGACCAGUGGCCAUGGCCAGAAGCUGCCUCCCUGCCCUGGGCUCCAGGACACCCAUCUGGAAGGUGGGCAUCAUCACCUGGCCCAGCUCCCUCAUCUUACAAUGAGACUAGCACCGCCCAGAGGGAGGGGCUCAUUUGGGGUCGGCCACACCAGGAGUGGAUGACAGAGCAGGGACUGGAGGUCCUGGCUUUGUGUCAGGGGUUGUGUCUAGAGCCUUUUCAGCGGACUGCGGCCCUUCCCCACACACAGCCUCUGAAACGCACUUUCUCAACACUCCGUUCUAGAGAAAAUGAGAACCCUUGUCCUGAGGGGGCAACCUCUCUCCUCCCCCCCCUCCCCCCCCCCCCCCCCCCCCCCCCCCCCCCCCCCCCCCGCUGCUAGAGGAAAUCAGGCGCUGCUCUGGAGAGAAGGCAAGCAGAUUGGACUUUGUUCCCUUCACUGACUGUUCUCAGGGAAAGACCCUCUCCUCUCGCCAGCAGAGAAACUGCAAAUUUCUUUCUUUUGCCAGCCAAAGGGGGUGUCACUCCUCUUGCUCGCGGGGACUGGCAGGUGGGAAUUCACCAUGCUCUUAGCUCAAACGACAGCCCCAGGACGGCUAGCUCAACACACAGGGCCUGGGGUCUGUUGCGGAUCCACCUCUCCCUCCUGCCCGAUGCUCUGCUCCUCCGUAACCGCCUGGAAACUCCGGGAGCCUCCCCAAGGGCCAAGGCUUAAACAUCGAACACUAAGAAGACGAUGACGUAAAUUCCUUCGGAAGAGUGUAUAUUAUUAAAUAUUGCUCAUCUACAUGCA